CUCUAAAGGGCCUAAAGAGAUUUUGGAGACAAAGGUGGUGGUGUGAUUCAAUGUCAACGACUCAGCCGUCUCUUUUUAUAUUUAACUGCCACGUUCCAACCAAACAUAACAAAACCAUCACCACCCCUCCAAAAUCCACUCAAUUUACUCAAAUUAAACACCCACAUCUUCUUCACAAUUUCAUUUCAUUUCCAUCACAAAGCUCCAAAAACAUCCAAUUUCAUCUCACCCACCAAAAUCAGGAUUGCUUAGGGUACAGUUAAUCUGUUGCUAUUAUGGCUGUGAGCUAAUAGGCAGUGUGUAGUUAGUGGAAUUCUAUUUAACAUGAUGAGUAGGUUAUUUAAGAGUAGUGGUAAUACUAAUGGUGCUUGUGAUAAUGAUAAUGAGGAUGAUUCCUCUGCAUCAACUAUAAGCAAAGGAUCACAUGAGAAUUCUGAUUAUUUUGAUCAUGACAUUGUUCAGCUUACUAAGUUAAGAUCAGUGCCCAAUAAGUUUUUGAGUAAUAGUAGAAUGAGCUUGCACCCUGUCUCAACUGUGAAAAUGUUGGCUGGUCGAGAGGGUAAUUUUUCUGGGAAGGGAAAAUUCUCGUCCGCAGAUAGUUGUCAUGUUUUGAGUCGAUUCUUGCCGGCUAAUGGUCCUUGGAGAAUUGAUCGGAUGAAGAGUCGCGCAUAUGUUUCUCAAUUUUCGGAUGAUGGCUCUCUUUUUGUUGCAGGAUUUCAGGGAGGUCACAUUAGGGUGUAUAAUGUGGAUGGUGGAUGGAAAAUUCAGAAGGAUAUCUUGACAAAAAGUGUGAGAUGGACUAUUACUGAUACAUGCCUUUCACCUGAUCGACGAAAUCUUGUGUAUGCUAGCAUGUCACCCAUUGUGCAUAUUGUAGACGUUGGAUCUGCUACAACCGAGUCACUUGCUAAUGUAACGGAAAUCCAUGAUGGCUUGGACUUCUCUGGGAAUGAAGAUGAAGAUAACGAAUUUGGGAUCUUCUCUGUGAAAUUUUCAACAGAUGGGCGAGAGCUAGUAGCUGGAGGUAGUGAUUAUGGGAUACAUGUUUAUGAUCUUGAAUCAAAUAAGAAAAUCCUCUGGAUUCAUGCACAUCAGUCUGAUGUAAAUACAGUGUGUUUUGCUGAUGAAACUGGACAUCUCAUAUAUUCCGGAAGUGAUGAUAACCUAUGUAAGGUGUGGGAUAGGCGUUGCUUUAUCAAUAGAGGACAAGCAACUGGUAUUUUGACAGGACAUCUAGAAGGCAUUACAUUCAUAGACAGCCAUGGAGAUGGGCGUCAUUUUAUAUCAAAUGGAAAAGAUCAAACUACUAAACUAUGGGAUAUUAGAAAGAUGUCUUCUAAUACCACAUGCACCACAAUCCUUAGAGACCCUGAAUGGGACUACAGAUGGAUGGAGUAUCCUUCCAGUGCAAGGAACUUGAAACAUCCGAAUGAUAAGUCAUUGGCCACAUACAGGGGUCAUUCAGUCUUGCGCACUCUGAUCCGCUGCUACUUCUCUCCGAAAUAUAGCACUGGUCAAAAGUACAUCUAUAGUGGAUCUACUGAUGGUUCCGUUUACAUUUAUGAUCUGGUGAGCGGAGCUGAAGUAGCGAGACUCGCGUAUCAUGAAGGUCCUGUAAGAGAUUGUAGUUGGCAUCCUGUCUAUCCUAUGCUCGUUAGUUCUUCAUGGGAUGGCGUCAUUGCCAAAUGGGAGUUCCCAGGGUCUGAAGAAACACGGAAUCCAGUUCAUCGGAGGUCAAGUAAAAGAUCAGGUCGAUGGGUUGCAUAUAGCAGUUGAAAUCUUGUACAGCAAAAAUGUCACGUUGUCUCUUGCUUUUAGACUCUUAUACA